AAUAAUUUUUAGUCAGGACCGGCACGAUCACAUAUUUUCUCGCUCGCCACUAGAUUUAUCAUGCCGAGUAUUCUAUUGUUCUGUUUUUUAACCUUCGUGUUAGCCGUGAAAAGCUCUGACAUUCCAGUAUCAGAAGAACAUCAGGCUUUAAGAGCUCAAGUGCACAGAGCAGAAAUUCAGAGUUGUAGAGGCUGCGCUCUGAACCGGCUACCAGAAGUCAAAGCUUUCAUUUAUGAAGAUGUUGGAAAAUACAAUAACAUCGAAUUCAAACCCAUCCCUGGAGCCAAUCCUGAUCUUGUCCUCUUCACCAAAAACAAUCAGGAACUAGACCGCAUAGAUUUGUCCAGAAAGUCUCGCCGUGAGUGCAACGAUCUUCUUCUACACUGGGGAUUUAGCUUAAAAAGGCAUCAAAAUCUUCAUCCAGAUGAAAAUGAAGCCUUCAAGGUUGAGCUUUAAUCAUUGCACCUUAAAGAAUUAUCUCUUCAUCAACAGUAAUUGUUCUUCCCCCGUGGAAAUUCAACUCAAAAUCAUCAUCAAAUUGAAGCUUUAAGUGAACCUUUCGGAUAGGUUUAAACCUGCAUUUAUCUCUGCUGGUAAGUUUUGAUGAGCUCCAUUUCAAUUAGGCUAUAAGUAUUUAGUGAGAUCUGAGACUCAAGUCCCAAGCGCAAACCAAAUUUCAUGUUUUGAGUCAAUUUUAAAUCUGUUAUUAAUCAGCUCGUUAAAACUCAUCAACCAAAUUUCAUUCGUCAGUGUUUAAUUAUCUACUUUUUAAAUUUAUUGUUAGACAGGAAGAUUGAUUUUUCAUGAAUUAUAAUCUUCAAUUAUCAGAGUUAUUGUUGUAAAAUUAUAUAUUGACGAAAUAAUUUGGACCCAAUGCGUUCUGUAUAGCUGUUACUCACCAUAAUAUGAGGGGUCUUUCCAUGCCAAA